AUUGAUUUCUCCAAACUCUGCAGGCGAUGAGUGAAACAGUGCAACAGGUUGAGAAACCUGAAUCUUACUUUGGUACACGUCAUUUGCAAUAUGCCCUACUCUUCGGUAUUUUGAAUUUAGCCUAUGGAAUACGUUCCAUACUGAGUGUUGCAAUUUAUGCUAUGAUAACAGAUGAUCCUCCAUUCGAGUCAAUACCAACAUAUCCAGAAUGGACAAGCAAGAAGAACCUCAUCCUAUCCUCCUUCUUCUGGGGCUACAUCUGGCUGCAAAUAGGGGCGGGUCAACUGGCCAAAAACUACGGCCCCAAACAGUUCGUCGGCUGGGCGGCCCUGAUAGGGUCGCUGUUCUGCUGUCUGCUGCCCCUGUUUGGAUCCCUAUUGGGAUACGGGGGCGUCAUAGCGUGCAGGAUUCUCACCGGAUUGACUCAGGGCUUCAUUUUUCCUUGCGUGCACAAUCUGAUUGGCGCUUGGACGCCGUUGCAAGAUCGGGCUAAAAUCGGCAGUUUUACCUAUGCAGGAGGUCCUCUAGGAACAGUUAUAUCGAUGCCAAUUGCUGGUUUCAUAUCGAACUCUUCCUAUGGAUGGCCCCUAGUUUUCUAUCUAUAUGGCGGUUUAGGAAUACUCUGGGCCAUAACUUGGUUCAUUGUUGGCUCUGAUAGUCCCUCAAAGCAUAAAAGUAUAACUCCAGUAGAAAGAAAAUAUAUCGAGUGUGGGAUACCAUCUGACGAUGACAGAAAAAAUAUUAGCACACCUUGGAUCUCAAUUUUAACAUCAUUGCCAUUUUGGGCUAUUUUGAUCGCUCACUGUGGACAAAACCUAGGAUUUUGGACUCUGCUCACUGAAAUACCUUCGUAUAUGCAGAAUGUAUUGAAAUUUAAGCUUUCUUCGAACAGCACUCUUUCAUCCUUGCCAUACUUGGCAAUGUGGCUACUAAGUCUAGUCAUGAGUCCAAUCGCUGACUACCUGAUAGUAAGAAAAAUCAGAGUUGGAACAAGCAGAAAAAUAUUUAACAGCAUAGGAUUAUUUAUGCCUGCUAUUAGCCUGGUUACCAUGACGUUCGUCGAAGAAUCCCCCUAUCUAACCGUAUUUAUCCUGACAGUGGGGGUCGGUUUCAACUCGGCAGUGUAUUCUGGUUACAACAUAAAUCAUAUUGAUUUGUCCCCAACACAUGCUGGUACUCUGAUGGGGAUCACUAAUUCCAUAUCCAACAUUUUCUCACUUGUUGGUCCUCUGAUCGUGGACAUGGUCAAAAGUGUCACCGCAUAUGAAGAGACAGAUAGAUCACUUUGGUCGAUAGUUUUCUACAUCACCAGUGCGGUGUAUGUGUCGACAGGAAUUUUUUAUAUCGUUUUUGGUACUGGUGAGGUACAACCAUGGAAUAAGCCAGAGACACAAAAUGAAGAAGAAACUGAAACCAAACAAGCUAUUGGAACAGAAUUUGAACUAAAUAGUUACAAGCCCACAUCGAAUAACUGUUAGGAGAUUCAGAAGCAUAUGCAUGGGAUCUCAUCAUAAGACUGAUCAGUACCUACAUGGAAUUUCUCAAACGUGGACAGCCCAUACUGCCUUUCAUGGCUUCAUGGAAUUUGGGAAACAUUUGGCUCAAAUUCAAUUUAUCUAAUGCAUUUAAUGGGGACUUAUAGGAACAAGUCACAAUGACUUACAUGGCUCCAUGAAAAUUGGUCAACAUUUUGGCUCAAAUACAAUUGACAUAAAAAUUGUGAAAUUUAAUAUAUUGAUGAUGACAUCAUGAAACUAGAAUAUUAUUGGAUUAUAUAUUUUUGAAUAUCU